UUUAGGUUAAUUACAUCAACGCACACGCAAUAUCUACUGUUGUUGGUGACCUGGCUGAGAUAAAUGCUAUUAGAAAUGUAUUCAAGAAUACAUCAGAUAUCAAAAUCAACGCAACAAAGGUACCUUCUCUUUCUCUCCCAAAAUAUGCAAAAUUUGAGAUGACCAUACUGUAGUGUUGCUCUCUUGCUGUUGGCUGAUCGCUUUGGUUCUUGUUUCAGUCUAUGAUAGGGCACUGCGAGGGUGCAGCGGGUGGUUUAGAAGCCAUUGCCACUGUCAAGGCCAUUACCACAGGAUGGCUGCAUCCCACCAUAAAUCAAUUUGAUCUAGAGCCUUCAGUUGAGUUUGACACUGUUGCCAAUGAAAAGCAGCAAAAAGAGGUUAACAUCGGCAAGAUUCCUAGUCCUAUAACACUUUCAAACAACAUGACCAGUUCCUGUUGCAAUUUCUUCAACCCUGUCUCCCCUUUUAAUUUAAUUUUGGUUGAUUUGGAGUAAAAUUCAUGAUACUAACUGUGUGAAUAUGUUUAUGAUUCAGCAAUUUCAAAUUCUUUUGGAUUUGGCGGACACAACUCUGUGGUGGCAUUUUCUGCCUUCAAACCGUGAAGUCUCAUCACUUGGUUCUUCAGUUGGUCUAUACAUUUGUUAUGGAAGAUAUAGAUCUUAUGUGUUGAGAGUCAGCUAUUUAUCUGUUAUGGUGGCCUUUUAAAUCUUGUAACUUUCUUGAGCCAUUUGUAUUUUGUAACCGUUAGUACUGUAUUAAUUUUGAGCAUCCAGUCAUAAAAAUGCACGCUCUAAUGCAAUGGAAGCAUUCUUACCGGGUUCCCAAAUGGAGCCUUAGUUAGCCCAAGAAUUAAAACUAUUAUUUUAUUUUUUAUGAUAAUCAAUAAUAUCUUGUUCUGGUCUUGAGUUAUGUUAGUG